GCAUUCUGGAACCGCUCGUUUUCCUGCCCUCUGGGCACUUUUCCGGUUGCUUUUUAGGGACUCCAUCGCCAUUUUUAGGCAGAACUCGAGAGGAAGCAGUGAAGCAUUUGAAAAUGAGCGGAUGUCGAGUGUUUAUCGGUCGGCUGAGCCCCCACGCCAGAGAGAGGGACGUGGAGAAGUUUUUCAAAGGAUUUGGACACAUUCGGGAAGUCAAUCUAAAAAACGGUUUUGGCUUUGUGGAGUUUGAUGACCACAGAGAUGCUGAUGAUGCAGUCUAUGAACUGAAUGGGAAAGAACUGUGCAAUGAAAGGGUCACAAUAGAGCAUGCCCGCUCUCCCAGAGGAAGAGGAGGUGGAGGAGCAGGCGGUGGAAGUGGUGGUGGAGGUAGUGGAAGGUUCUCUCCGCGGUUUAGCAGCUAUCGUCAGACUCGCGGCUCAAUGUAUGGUCCUCCUGUGCGCACAGAGCACAGAAUCAUUGUUGAGAACCUCUCGUCCCGGAUAAGUUGGCAGGACCUGAAGGAUAUGAUGAGGAAGGUUGGUGAGGUGACAUUUGUGGAUGCACACAGAUCCAAUAAGAAUGAAGGAGUGGUGGAAUUUGCCUCACACAGCGAUAUGAAGAACGCCCUUGACAAACUAGAUGGGACUGAGCUUAACGGACGCAAACUCAAACUGACUGAAGAUCGCAAGAAGAGCAGAAGCCGCUCCCGCUCCAGGAGCUACACCAGGUCUCGCAGUCGUUCCCGAUCCAGGAGCCGUUCCAAAUCCCCGAGCAGGAGCCGAAGCAGGAAACGCAGCCGUACCAGGUCCCACUCACUCAGCCGCAGCCCAGAGAGGAAGCCCCUUCCCCGCGCAGCCCCGCGCUCCCCAUCCCACUCCCCCUCUCGCUCCAAGUCUCGAUCCCAUUCCCGAUCCCCUCCAGUGCAGAAGAGGCGGUCCAAAUCCAGGUCCCCAUCGACUGAGAGCCAGCACUGAGAGCUGUCUCCCUGCCUGCACCAGCUGUAUCUGUAGAUCUGGUUAUGGUGUCUCGUAUCUGGUUAGAGUUGCAGUCUGAUCUGUUAAAACAGCUGCUGAUCUGAUUCAUUGUCUGUUACGUAAUAGAAAAGCCUCAGGAGAUUUUUUUUUUUUUUGGCACCAACUGUGCAUAACUUCUAUUUUUAUUUGAAAGCUACAAUGUUUGGAUAUCCUCAACACCCACACUCGGCAGCAUGUAUGGAAUUGCAGCAGCCAAUGUUAAGUGAAGUCUGUGGUGUGUGUUGUUUUUUUUUUUUUUUAAAUUCAAUAAUUUCUGCUUUCUGCUAAUUUCCCUUCAUAGUUUCAUUGUCUGUAAUUUGACUUCAUAUGUGGAUGAUUGCAAUGGCAAGUGAUAUCCCUAGGUGGACUGGUUUGUUUGCAAAACACAAGCAUUUUCCUUAUUCAGUGACUUGUUACACACUUAAGUGGGUCAUUGGUGUUUUAAUUAGCUGUCAAAUUUGUUUCCAGGCUGUGUUUUUGGUUUUCUAGCUACCAAAAAUGAAAGACAUGAUGUGUAGUCGAACAUUUUGCUGUGGCCAUGUAAUUUUGUGCUGAUUAAAUUUUGUGUGCCAAUUCUUA